CAUCACCAGGGAUACAAACUAACUUACAGAGACGCUCCGUUUCCAGCGCGAAAAACACCUCGUGAACACCAGAUAGCAGCGUGAGUCAGUGUCGCUCAUGGAGGUGCUGAACAAGCGCUGAGGACCGUUGGCCAUUCACAACGUUGUGGCCUCCAAACCAUUCUAAUUCGCAAGCCCGCGCUGGGGACAACAAUGUGAAGAAGAGGUUGGUGCGACUUCGGCGAUACUUGGGGCCGGGGAAUUGUGUGUUGCUCCCUACAUCAGUAGAUCUCCAUGGCGAUAUUUUGCCGGAAGCCGGCAUGGCCAUAUCUAGCCUGGGCCUUGGCUGGAGGCCGUGGCGAUCGCGCGCGAGCGCUGCCUCGACGGCUCGAGUCUUGACUUGGGGUCAUCAAGGUCAUGUCUUCUCCUUUGACCCCGCCAUCGAAAUCUGGAUCAAUCUGAAAUGAGAUUAUGAGUGCCUAAUGUAGUGAUGAAUGCCGCACAGUCGCGAUGUCAAAUGAUCACUCUUUUUAUCUGCUUUGCGUUUCUUUUCUGUCAUCACACAGUCACUUCCAUCACAGUUCAUUUUCGCCCAUGAAACCGACGCAAAGGCAUGGUAUGUAGCCUAGCUACUGGAUCAUCAUUUUCACCCUUCGCAUUCUUGUUGAGCGGAAAGAAAAUUCGAGAAGAUCUUGCUUGCAGUUCUUCACUAUUGAGUAUUGUGUAAUCACUUUAGUUGAGCAGUUUGGGUAUUUCUGACCAUCUCAUCCGAGCGUCUUGGACAACAAGUACUCGUACUUUGUAUUUGUGAGCUGUGUGUGAUCCUGAGGUCGGUUGGGCUGGCCAUGAUUGUAGGCUCUAAAAGCGCACCGAGCAAAGUUUGCAACAUAAUGUAGAGAAAUCUUCCACUGGAUUUGUAUCGAAGAUUUCACCGAGGCCCAGGAGCAUGGAGGCUCUCCUCAUUUGACUGAUGGAAUUGUAGCGAUUCAUACCCGACUGCUGCGGAAUGCAAGCCCAACAAGUGCCACAGAGCGUCGAGGAGUCGUGUGCAAGAAGUAGCAUGGAGCGAAGUUCUGGAGCUGCGUCCAGUCCAGAAGUCGACGCUUCCGCAAAGAAUAGGCUUCCGGAUGUGCGUCUCCUGGCGGAGUGCCUUCGCUUCGCGGACGAUGACUGUCCCGCAGUGAUCGAUACUCUACAAGCGAUAGCGACGUUGUGUUCUACAUCAGUGGAUGCCUGCGAGGAGUUUGUCCGCAACGGCGUCAUGGAGAAGAUUAUGGCGCUGGCUUUUGAAACACGCCACGCUCCAUCGAGUACCAGUGGCGAUGGUUGCAAAACCGACCCGGAGGAUAUGGUGGCCUGUCAGCUUGCAGCAUUGCGCACUCUGGCAUGUGCUGCCAGCAUCUCAGAUCUGAGCUGUACACUGCUGGCCAGGGAAAGUACGGUGCGGCACAUCUCACGCUUGCUGCCACGAGGCGCAACCGACAGGAAGCUAUCCACUAUGGUGUGUCUGCUGCUGGCUUCGCUGCUCGGCAGUUCAGGGAAUGUUUUGGAGAUGUGCUGGCGUGAAGGGAUCUUGCAACACCUGUGUGACUUGUUCACUUUCGGUGUGAUGGAGUUCCUGGACAAGCUGUCGUCUGAAUCACAUCACGACUCCAGUGCUGACGAGAAGCUAUCAUCAUCCGUAGUGUCGACACUUUGCCUGGCCAUGUCCUCGUCAAACUCAGGUCUGGUGGACAGCGUGCAGUCGGUCGUCAGUCAGCUCUUCCCAGUGUGCAAGGUGGCACUGGAGAAACUUGCCCCGCACAGUGAGCAGCAGGAAAGUCUACUGAGCCGUGUGUGUGCACUUCUGUCAUCGGCAACCAACAACAACUGUGCCAAUCAAGAUCGUUCUCGAAUCAGUGGAGUGCUCAGGGCUUCAGUUGGCUGCUUGCGUCGUGCAGUGGAGCAGGGCACGGUGCCGGGUGCGAUGUCCGCAGAAUUGCUUGGUCAGGUCCUGGAGACUGUCACGGUGGCUUGCACCAAUAACGAUGUGAACAAGGCCACCGUGUGCAACAUGGGCAUCAUGCCACUCUACUGCAGCUUGCUGUCGCAUCACGAGAGCAUAGCUGGUGGUACUCUGGCAACGCGCCUGCUUCUUGCAAUCCUGUGCAUACUGGACUAUGGUGACAAUUCAACCAGGUCGUUCGUGGAGUCUGGUGCUGUUCCACUCUUGAUUAGGACCGUUGUGAAUUGCAAGGACUCAGAUGUUCACAAAGCCGCCAUUCUUGUUUUGGACACAGUCAACAAGUAUGAAGGAAACAAUCCCCAACUUGUGACAGGCAGUGCAGCAAGCGGUUCAAGUUCUGCGCAUACGGGUUCAGUGAGGUACACUAGUCCGCAGCGUACUGCCGGACAAACUCUUUCUCACAGCACCAGUGCUAGUGAAACAGUUGGUGGAGCAGGUACACUAGAUACAAGGUCUGCUCUGCAGGCAGCAGUCACCACCAGCCCUCACCGAACACCUAUCCGUCACCACACUCUGGGUGAAAUCACCCAAUACCAUUCAGUGGCAGCAUGCUCAACUGGCAGAGCAGCUCCGAAAUGCCAGGUCAGCGCUGCGGGGACACCUCGACCAAACACGGACCGCCGGCAGACAACACCGGCGGUUUCGCCGCCGUCACUGUACAGGACUGCUGCUCCCGGUUUUCCCAGCACGGCUUCUUUCUCCCGGUCACCCGCAGCUGCGCUGCACAGUUCAGACAAAACCGCUCGCUUGACGCCCGUAGCAAUUCCAGACCCAGUGGAUCAAAUGUCGACCGGUUCGAGGCAAUCCCUGUCACGCGGUAUACAAGUGCGGUCAAAGAACAGUGUUGACACGGAGAUAGAGCCCACUAAUGCCAGAUGUGCACCAGUCUCUAGUAGCAACACUAGGUCUCACAAGGCCUUUGCUUCUGAUGCAGGUUCCAUUGUGCGAGGUUCCAGCGGGCCAGGGUCACGUGAUUUGCGCGUAAGCAGUAUUCGUCAAGACGAGGUGAGCUCGCCGGCCUCUGAAGCACCUGCGUGUAUGGUCUGCAAAAUGAGUGCGCUCGGACGCGUUACCAGUCGCUCGUUUUCUAGAGUAUCGCUCGGGCGAGCCAAGGCAUCUCUCUGUGCCGAACACCGGUCGUCCAGGUGGAAUCUGGACGAGUUUGCGGCCGCUUCAAGCUGUGUUGAGUCUGAUGCAUCAUUCGUCUCUUCCAAUUGCCAUAGUAUGGCCAAACCCCACAUUGACACAUAUGCCUAUUGCUCAGAUUCAUCAGUUGUCUUUGAAACCACGGCAGCACCAAGGAAGAAGAAGCGGAAGCUUCUCUCGGCCAGAAAUAUGACUGCUUGCAUUACCCCGCUCCGUCACACAGCCACUAGUCAGCCCUCUGUUCAGCCACCUCUCUCACGAUUGUCAGAAUGCGAGCGCCAACAGGAAAGAGAGCAUUGUGGUCGGGUAGAGCCUGACCUUAACCCACCAUCCACUGUGCAUAGAGAGCUACUGCAACCUUCUCGCCCAUCUUCGGUCGUUGGGUUGGGAUGCGAACCUCGUGCGGAAAGCCAUCACUCGGUAGUGUCUCGACACAAUUCACCCAUACGGGAUCCUCCCUUACAUAAACCUGCAAGCCACACUGUGGGUAGCAGUCACACCAAUAAUGCUGCUGCCCACCUGGCGAAAAGCAAAGCAUCCACUGAUAUGUACGUUUCAUUCACCGACACCGAGCUUACCGCCAAGGCCACAGCUGUACAGGAAGACCGCCCCACUGACAUCAAUUCUACAGGGCAGCACAGAUCCAGAGAUGAUGGUUGCACAAGCAAACUCUCCGCAUUCACUAGCCAAGGGCUAGAUCUUUCGGCCUGCAAUCUAGACACGGUGACAAAGAACUUGUUUCCGGUUGAUCUUCUCGACAUGAGUAUGGAAUGGAAGCUAGGAGAUGGCAGCGAGCCAGAGAUAUACAACUGUGAACAAGAUGCCAUCACACAGCAGUAUACUGAACGGCGUGCAUCUGAUAACGCUGAAGAGUGCCGGGACUGUCCCGGCAGGAUCCAGUCACAUGUGAGUGAUGAUAAGCCAGGUGUUUGUUCCUCUGAAUGGAAGAGUUCCGCACCUGAGCUGCACGCUCAACCAGUUAGUGCUGCGUGUGGUCCGUCCACUGCACGCUUGAAGCAACAAGGUAUCAGUUCUAGUUCAACCACAGGAAAGACGCAACACAGAGCAGCAGUUGUUGAAACCGAUCAAUCCGUUAGUGCUGUGUGUGGUCCGUCCACUGCACGUUUGAAGCAACACGGUAUCAGUUCUAGUUCAACCACAGGAAAGACGCAGCACAGAGUGGCAGUUGUUGUUGAAACGCGUCAGCAACACAGUCAAAGAGAGCAGCAGCAUCACGAUUGGCAGCACCAGCUCGGCCAUCAGCAGAAGCAGGAGGUUCUCCGGCGUCAUCACAGACCUCUCAUGGCCUACCACGAUGACGGUGACAUGUUUGGACUAAACUCAGACUACGAAAGUCACCGGAGCAGGAAGGCGCCAUUCCGUCGGAAGGAAGUCUUCACCGAUGAACAAACCAGCUCUGGCGAUGAGAAGACAGGGCCGUCUCAUCGGGCGGCCAAUGCAAAUGCCAAUGUCAGCAGGAAGCAUGGACGACCUGCGCGUCGUGGCAAGAAAAGAUACGAAUGCCCUACGCCCAGAGACGACGGCAAAAUCUACCCGCGCUUUGCAAAACGGCACAAAAAGGGCAUGGCCACUUCAGCAACCGCAGAUGAUAGUGGUGGUAGUGAUAGCGGCGGUGGCGGCGUUUUCUACAACAAGGAGAAUGAUGCAUUAUGGUCCACACUACUUGGUGAGGAGGAGUCACCAACAUUACAGCGGCAUUCCGUCAAGGCCAAAUCCGUCUAUGGUCAUUCCUCCUCCAGCAAAACAGGAACUACUCGCUCUCGCAUCAACUCUACUUCAGCCAUUGAUUCAGUACCCCUCCCAAUCACUGACUGGGAUACAUCAAAGUUAGCUGUACCGCAGGCUAUGGCUGAUCGUCACGAACUCCCACGUGAUACCAAACUGCACACAACGCUGAUAAAUAGCGGGCAACCCAGUAAUGCCGAGUCCAAGCAGCACCCUCGCCUGGGAGAUAUGCGGCUCAAGGACUUCUCCGUGGUAGUGCAAGAUCACAAGAAGUCUGCCAAGUACCGCCAACCGGCUUCGGGCAAGGAGAAUGAUACGACCGCAGCACACCACCAUCCAGGACUAUCACCGCACAAACUAUCCACCACUGUACAGGCCAGCGUGAGCAGCUACAACCUCCGAGACACGACGGACCAGUCAGCGCUUGACGAGGACACAGACGCCUCCUGCUUCAGCUCUGGUGGCACAAGAAUACGACGGCGUCAGCGCGUGCCCAUGGAGCAGUGGGAAGUGGACAACCUCGUCCGAGGCGUGGAAAAGCUGGGAUUCCGCUGGUCGCACAUCCGCGACGCGUUUCCAUUCCUGGAGAGGCGCACCGCCAUGGACUUGCGGGACAAGUACAGGCAGCUACAGAAAUCCCAGAAAGUCAAGCCCGCGCUGGGCGUUCCAGCCGUCGCUCAAACAAAGAUUGGGGCGCGCAAAUGGGCCCAACGAGGAAAACUGCCAAGAAUUUAGGUAGAUCGACUGUAUGCAUGUGUACCAGAAGCCUACCGGCACUUCCGUGGAACAAGCCACAAUACAGAGUAUGCUAUUUAUUAAUUUUCUUGAUUUCUCUAUUUUGAAAACUGUCACCCUAGCUCUCUCAAACUCUACAAUAUAUAGGCUACACAUGUAAUGCGGAGCUCGUACGUUUACACCAUUCUAUGGUGUUUGUAUUGAGUGACGUCACGCAUGCACGCACAUAUGAACCCCCAUACACACACUCACAUACACAGACACACAGACACACACACACACACACACACACACACACACACACACACACACACACAAAAUAAUAAUAUUGAAUUGCCAUUCCAUAAUGCUGAAGUACAUAGCAUGCAGUGAUGGUAUUGGCUUACCACUGUCCCUAUGCGUGCAGACCCAACAACGGGUAGAGAAAAUCAUUAUUUUCAUUGCAAUUGAGUACAAAUAAGUUAGUAGCAUGACUUGGCCCAGAUCUGGUCAAACCUAUUUUUCUUUUAAUAGGAGUGCAGCAUCCACUGCAGACACUUCAGUGAAUAUGCACACCUCUCCAAUAUUUCCAUGCUCAAGCCGCUGCCCUGCAAGGAGACUGAAAUGACAAUUGAAACGGUGAAAUCUUCGGCUUAUUGGAACAAAAAUGCAAAGUUCUUUCUUUAAAAAUGCAAUGGA